AUGACGGAUGUUGAAGACUCGGCUGUGAAUGAUUUUUUAUUAAUUCUCGAAGAACAUCGCAAGAAUUGUGAGCGACUUGGUAAAUACGUUGAAGCGGAAGUAGCAAAAAAGCGUCUUGAAGAGUUAAAAGUUCAUGAAGAGAAUCGACGAAAAGAAGCGAUGCGAUCACGACAAAUUGCUGAACGAUUAGGAGUAGAAGAAGCUCAUACGCUUGAGUUUCAGCAAUUUAAUGUGAUUUGGGACCAAACGAUGGAGGCGUAUGAACGCAAUGUUGAAACUUUGAUUGUGAAGAUGAAUGAGAAGCAAAAGACUGAGUUACUAGAAUUUCAAAAGAAGCUGUUGGAGAAAAGUCAUAAACCAAAGUUUUCAAAGGAUCUGCUUAAUCUUCGACGGAUUGAAGAACACUUGGCACGUCAAAAAGAUUAUGGUGAAGCACACAAAAUUAGGCUGAAGUCAGAAGCUUUAGAAGCUUGGGAGCUUGAAAGAUGGCGUCAUUUAAAGCAGCAGGAAAUGUUUCAACGCGAAGCAACUUAUAAGCAACGACAAAAGCAGGAUCUUGAUGCACUUCAAAAGCGCAUACAAUCUGGAAGAGAGGAACAGAAGAAACAGCGUCAGAUAGACCUUGAACGUCUCUUACAGCGGUAUCAAAAUAUUAAAGCAGAGCUGCAGCAACAGCAGAAUCUAGAGCGAAUUCGGCACGAAAAGUCUGCUCAGCGUCCAUUGCUGCGCUCGAUACAACGAGGAUCUGGUCGGUAUUUCUCAUCAACAAUUGUACCUGAGACUGAAGCAAAAGGACCACCAUUUGCUCGCUACUUUUGGUACACAACGGGCAUCAUGUUAGGCAUUCCAAGUGUUAUUGGUGGCGUUUUCAUUUACAAUUUACAAACGGACGACGAAUUCUACUACCAUUUUAACAACCGAUAUCCAGACUUGAUCAGUUUGAUUAAUAGAUAUGUGCCAUUAAAUGAAUCACUACUGGAAUUAGCUAAACGAGAGGAUAUUGGGCCGAUAGGGUCGACGGAAGAAUUGAUGAACGAGACAACACAAGUGGUGGCAAAGCUUCAAUCAGGGCAAGAAGUUCGUAUUCAAGUACUAGGUUCAGCUAGUCAGAAAGAGAUUGAGACACUUGCUAGUAAAGAAUCAAGUCAACCCAAUGAUCCAGUUGUAAGUAUCAUUUUUGAUGAAGGAGAAAACAAAGAGAAACGAAUGAUGGUACCUACUACGCAAGAAGCUUGGCCACCUGCACCACGUAUUACUUGGGGUAGUGCUGCUAGCUUGCAAAAGACAAAAAAACCAAUUGAUUCGGUUAAGGAGUUACGACUUCAAAUUGAAGAAAUACGUUCUCAACAAGCGGCAAUUGAAGAAUCUAAAUUUGCAGGACGUGAUAUUGAUGAAGCAGAUGAAGAAAUUGCCGUGCUGGAGCAACGAAAGAUUGCGUUAAAAGAACAACUUCCACCGAAGCGAUUUCUGUGGAUUUUUUAA